AGGGUGGUAAAACGGCUUUACAGGAAUUGCCACUUUCAGUCCCCAUUUUACGGAUGGGGAAGCCGACUACUGAGGUGUUCAGGAAUGUGCCCACAGCCACCCUGCUGGCAAGCAGUUGCGCUCCGGCUUUUAAUCCCAAACAGCCCACGGCCACACCUCCUACCCUCUCCACGCUCCGCCGCCUUCUGGGAAGGUCGCACGAGGAAGGUCCAGGUGGCCCUGGGAGGUGCUCGGCUAAGUCGCCCCGCAGCCGCGGACCCCGGCGGGCCCGCGUGUGACUGCGCUCCCACGGGACACGACACUCGCUCGCCCCAAGACGAGCGCCGCCGACCCCCGCCGAGCCCGGCACGGGGGCGGAGCGGCUCCGGACAGUGGCCUUUCCUCCCAGGGGAACCUGCUGAGGACGGCCCCGCGCUCCUUCCUGUCCCUCCCUCCGCGGCCCGGGCUCGGCCGCUCGGCGCGGGGUCCCGGGCGCGGCACCGGAGACUCUCGGCCGCUCCCACCUCGGCGAGUUCAAAAGGACGCGCGGCGCCCGGCCCUGCCCGCCCGUCGGACUGGAAAGAUCUGACCCUACGAGAUAGUCAGCCCUCAGCAACGAUGAACAACCUACCGGCCACACCUUCUCCUGAAGAAUUGAUGACCACGCCGGUUUUUCAGGCUCCUGGGACCCUGUCCCCACAAGCUGAAGAGGCCAGCACAGCGCUCAUUGCAGUUGUAAUCACCGUGGUGUUCCUUACCCUGCUCUCGGUGGUGACCUUGAUCUUCUUUUACCUGUACAAGAACAAAGGCAGCUAUGUAACCUACGAGCCUGCAGAAGGGGAGCCCAGCGCCAUCCUCCAGAUGGAGACCGACUCAGCCAAGGGCAGAGAGAAGGAAGAGUACUUCAUCUAAGGAUCCCCAGGCUGGAGGGGCUGAUUCCUGGCUCCAACACUAAGACACUGCCUCUGUAGUUAGGGAAUGUUUGCUCUGAAGCCAGUGAGUGGCGUUGAGUGUACAGACACAUCCACUCACCUCCCGAGACACAGCUUCCAAGACCAGCAUCACUGACUCCAGGGUCCAGAGAUACGGAGAAAGCUGCUCACGACGCUGGGCCUUGGUAAGGACAGUGCUCGCAACCAGCCAACAAAGUGGGGCCAUGCCCGAGUUGGAAGUGAAAUCACAGGCUGGUCCACUUUGUCCCCCCUCCAUAGUUGCCUAGCAAUAGCCCCAGUGUAGCUAUCCAGUCUUGCUGGAGGCUGGAUACCUCAGAAGAGGUCAAGCCAGGGGCGACAGGAGUCUGAGAAUGUUACUGCCUUUGUUUGAUCUGAGCCCCACUGUUCCCUCAUCAUCCUCAAACUUACAGUUUUUAUCCAAAUUAAACUUAUUAUGAAAGUCA